AAAAGAGUGAAGCCAGAAAGGCUCCACCACUGUUGCUGUGGCGGUGGUUACCUGCAUAUGACUGACUUUUUCAUAUGGAGAACUGAUUGCGCCUGUCAUAUUUGAAGUGUGGUUCAACUGGGAGCAUCUUUACAGAAAAAUACUUGCAAGUUGCUUCUGCCUUUUGACUUGCUUGCGAGCAGCUACAAUCAUUGAAUCAGAGUCACAGAACACAGACAGAGACUGAAAGAGUUCCUUUCUUCGGAUCAUCUACCUGAAGGAGAAGAGUCAGAAGAUGGACAGAAACAGUAGCAAGAAGUGAACUAAAAGUUAUUAAACUGAGGUGUAGCUCAAAGAAAACAUUUUUUUAAUACUUUCCUUUGCCAAAUGGGUGGACUACAGGAUUGAUUACUGAGAGAGGUGUCUUAUGAAUUGUUUGAAGUACAUUCAACAUCUUGCAAUAUUACUUUCCUUUCUUGAAGGAUUAACGGAGAGUAAUCGAGAUACUCAAAAGGCUCACUUGGUAGGAGGACUUCUUUGAGGAAGGUGGCGCCCUUGCUCUGUCAGCUGCAAACACUCCAUUUCCAUCUCAGCUCAGCAUCGCCUCUGCACAUCGUCUCUGGUAAUCCAGUCGGCCAAUCGCUGAGGAGAUUAUAGAUAGUAAUUAGAUAAUUGGAUUUUAUUCCUUCGAUCCAGAGAACUGAGGGGGAGGGAGGGGGAGAAAGAGAGCAAGAAAGACAGAGUGAAAAAGAGAGACGAAAAAGCAAAAGAAAGAGAGAGAUACUUAUUUGCAUCAUCUGAGAAGAAGGAAACCCUCCCUUAUUUUAGGCCUACGCACCAACAUUCAGAGGGCAUUUAAAAAAAAAAGCAAAGAACUAGCAGCAGUAGAAAAAGCGUGUUGCAAGGAUUGACGUGACCUGGUGCAGUGAGGCUCUAACUACAUUUUAUUCAAGCCUACUGCAUUGAAGAGACAAGGAGAAGUCAAGUUAUCUCAUGGAUAUGUAAAGCUUUUUUUUUUAAUUUAUCUUCUCGGCUGGUUUACUGUUUUAUUUACCAGAUCUGGAUCUAACAAAAUAUAUUAUCGUCAAUAAAUGCUGGAAGGUAAUGACAUGCAUCUUUAAUGUGCCAGAAUCUCAAUGCCGCAGCAUAGCUGAAUUGAUUUAAUGGAGGGAAAAAAACACACAGGACAGAAGGAAAGAAAGAAGGAAUAAAAGGCGAGGAGGCAAGCUGUGAGAGAUUCCCCGCACUGCCGUGUGACUAGAAACCAUAAUCACAUCACAAAGGAGAAAUUAUUUCACUCACACACAAAAAAGAAGGGGCCAGCAAGUAAGAGAGAGAAGAGGAAACCAGUGCUUGUGAAUAGGGGGGUGGGGGGCACUGCAGUUUUUUUCCUUGUAUGUGUGGUUUUUAAGCCUAGCCUGCUGAAGACGGAAAAUUAAAAAGUCAAAAGACAGAGGAUGACAAACCUUUUACAGAAUGUUUUAACAGUGCAAAAGGAUGGAUUGAUCUUGUAAUUUAUCAAGUGUGUCGAGCAUUCCCCUCCCCACUCCCAUAUUAGGCUUAAAGGGGAAAAGGAUGGAAUGAGUGCAGUGUAAACCUGGGAAAUUCACAUUCUGGAGAAUUUAGGGGGAAUUGUUUCUGCGUGUUCCCCAGUCUACUCUCACCUUCAUUCUGCUGUUGGAUGACUGUUGCCUGCUACUGAAUCUACUGUUUUGUAUUGGGGAGACUAGUUGUUUUUUGUUUUUCUCUAUUUACUUCUUUUAUUGUAAUGUGGAUUGUUAUCUUGGAUCACUGCUUGAAGAAAUGCAAAAGGAACAAGGAAAUAAAAGGCUUCUAAGAGAAGAAAAAGACAGAGCUUGGAAAUGGAUGCAUGAUGUAAGCACAGCUGCUGUACCAUUUCUGGACUCAUUCCUUUGUACCACCUCUGCUACAUGUAAUUCCUUCUGCGAGAUCCUCAGAAAUAGAUGUAGUAAUCCAGGUGAAGAACAGCAUUGUGAACUUCUCAUCGAAGAAUUAUUACUAAAGCAUGAAUGUUGAACAUGAUGAUAGGUCUUCAAACCCAAAGGAUGCUGGGGCUCAAACUCUAUAGAAUGAUCUGGAGUCAAGUUUUUUUGAUCUUAUGGGUGUCUUUGCCAGAUGUAGGUUUGGCCUCACCCCCAUUUUGUCCAGAGGUUUGCUCAUGCAGCAAUCAAGCAAGUCGAGUCAUCUGUACUCGUAGAGACCUAGUGGAUGUACCAGAAAGUAUUUCUGUAAAUACACGUUACUUGAAUUUGCAAGAAAACCUUAUUCAAGUAAUUAAAACAGACACUUUCAAGCAUCUGAGGCAUUUAGAGAUUUUACAGUUAAGCAAAAACUUAAUUCGCAAGAUUGAGGUGGGGGCAUUCAAUGGACUCCCAAAUCUGAACACUCUAGAGCUAUUUGAUAAUCGUUUGACUACUGUCCCCACCCAAGCAUUUGAAUAUCUAUCAAAAUUGAGAGAACUUUGGUUAAGAAACAAUCCCAUUGAAAGCAUUCCUUCAUAUGCUUUUAACAGGGUUCCAUCACUAAGGCGAUUAGACUUAGGAGAACUAAAGAAGCUUGAAUAUAUCUCAGAAGCUGCCUUUGAGGGUUUAAUAAACCUGAGAUAUUUAAAUCUGGGAAUGUGCAAUUUGAAGGAUAUCCCAAACCUCACAGCUUUGGUCAGACUAGAAGAGUUAGAAUUAUCUGGUAACCGACUGGAGAUAAUAAGGCCUGGUGCAUUUCAAGGACUAGUUAGCCUUCGGAGGCUAUGGCUCAUGCAUGCUUUGGUUUCUGUAAUAGAACGAAAUGCUUUUGAUGACCUGAAGUCCUUGGAAGAACUCAACCUUUCUCACAACAGCCUCAUGUCCCUUCCACAUGAUCUAUUCACACCUCUGCAUCGACUAGAGAGAGUGCAUUUGAACCAUAAUCCUUGGCACUGUAACUGUGAUGUCCUCUGGCUGAGUUGGUGGCUGAAGGAAACUGUACCAAACAAUACAACUUGUUGUGCUCGUUGUCAUGCCCCACCAAAUUUAAAGGGUCGAUAUAUUGGAGAGCUUGACCAAAGUCACUUCACAUGCUAUGCUCCUGUCAUUGUGGAACCUCCAACUGACCUGAAUGUUACAGAAGGAAUGGCUGCUGAAUUAAAAUGUCGAACAGGUACAUCAAUGACUUCUGUCAAUUGGUUGACACCAAAUGGCACUUUAAUGACUCAUGGUUCAUACAGGGUAAGGAUCUCAGUCCUGCAUGAUGGCACUCUGAAUUUCACUAAUGUUACUGUUCAGGACACUGGUCAAUACACCUGUAUGGUGAGUAACUCUGCAGGGAAUACCACUGCCUCUGCAACUCUGAAUGUCUCUGCUGUUGACUCGUCUAUCAACAGCUACACAUACUUCACAACAGUUACUGUAGAAACGACAGACAUUUCACCUGAAGAUCCAAAACCAUCUGAAAAUGAACCAAGUCCUACACCUCCUGUUGUAAUAACUUAUUCCACAACUUCCCUCAUGCCACACAGCACUCGCUCAACAGAGAAGCCCUUCACUAUUCCAAUCACUGAUGUUACAACAAAUAUAAUGGCAGGCCUUGAUGAUGUAAUGAAGACGACUAAGAUUAUCAUUGGAUGCUUUGUAGCCAUAACUUUCAUGGCUGCUGUCAUGCUGAUUGUGUUCUACAAACUUCGGAAGCAACAUCAGCUGCACAAGCAUCAUGGACCAACCAGAACCAUUGAAAUUAUUAAUGUGGAAGAUGAACUUCCUGCUACCAGUCCUGGAGAUAACCACAUGACCCUACCCGCCAUAGAGCAUGACCACUUAAAUCACUAUGCUGCUUACAAGGCUCAUUACAACAAUAACACAGGCACAUUAAAUUGUGCUAAAAACCCAAUUCUCAAUUCUGUCCAUGAACCUUUGCUCUUUAAGAGCACCUCAAAAGAGAAUGUACAGGAAACACAAAUUUGACUCUGAAAUCUGAUGAGAUGGCCACUUGUGGUAUGUCUGUUAGCUCAGUUUACAUUAUAUUUUCUCUCUCUCUUUCUCUCUCUCUCUAAAGUUCAAAACUCAGUGAAAAUAGUGACUCGAGUCCACAUUUUGAUAUUGCUUGGAUGUUUCACUGUCCAACUACCUGUUGUGCUACUAAAUUUUGCAGCUGUCUUUUUGUCAGAAAUGAAAGCCUAUUUUGUGCUACAGCUCUUUAUGGCAAAUUGCAUUUCAGAUAUAUUUUCAUUAAAGAGUGGGGAUACAAGCUACAAUGAACUGUGUGAAAACUAAUCAUCAGAUUAUCAAGGCUGUACAUCUAUUUUUUUUAAUUGCUAAAUUGAUUUUCUUGUAACUCUGCACAGUUGAUUUUUGGGGACAGUUUCAUCAAUCACAAUGCUCACUGCACCUAAAAUAUCACUGAAUACAGGGUUUUAUGUAACUUCGUCAACACAGAGAGGAAACGUAUCCUGAACAGGCUUACUUAAGGCUGUCCUUGACACUUGUGCAGCUCAGUUUUUGAGCCCAAAAAUGUAUGCAUAUAAAGUCAUAUAUGAAUGCAACUGUCAACACAUUUAAUCCACAGUAACGUGCCAAUGUUAUUUUAUUUCAUGAAUUAACUCUUUGAAAACAUGUGGUUUAAAAUAUUUUUAAGCUGGUGGUUUGGGGGUAUAUGGAGUUUUUGAGAAGACUACAGCUGAAAUAACAGUCUUAUGUGGACUAUCAGCUUGCAAGAGUAUUUUUUUUCCUGUGGAUUUAUUUUCUCUGUAAUGACUGCUAUGGACUGAACACAUUAGGAGAGAGGGUUCCUAUUUUCAUGGCGUAUCAUGGUGCAUUAAUGCAUAAUAGAUUGUCGAGUUGCAGCUUGGAAUGACUCAUAGAGCCUAUCCUGCUAUAAGAAACUGGAUGACAAGGUUAAAUGAUUUCAGGAUAAUUUUAGAUGAGGCAACAUGAAUACCAACAAAAUGGCAAAGCAAAAAUGUAGUUCACCAGCUGGAAAUUCUAAUUGCUAAAAUAAUUCCUUUUUUUGUUAAAACAAAAUGAACUUUAUGAAUUUAGGUUUGCCAAUGUUUUAUAAAUGGCUGAUUGUGUCUGUUUUUGUUCCUAACAAUCAUCAUUAGUAGAUUUGAAUGAGAUAGGAAACAUUCACUGGAAAAUUUGUAGCUAUGAUAUUUCAGAUUAAUAUUUUGGGAAACAUUGAGCCAAUUUCAUUCAUUCAGGUGUGCCAAUAUUCUUCUAAACUAAGAUGUUUCUUCAGUCAUGAAAGUAAUACAGCUGUGAUAAACUAAGUGCCAUAAUGAUCAAAACUUUUUGUUUAAUUUAUCUCUUGUUUUUGAAAUGAUUUUAUUUCUAUGUUAUUUCCAUCUUAAAUUACCAAGUAACUGAAAACUGAGCAUGCUGGUUAGCUGAAAAUGGUCACAUGAUACCUGGUUAUCUGUUCUGCUUAUUUUUAUUUCAUUGAUAAGACCAUUUGGAAGACAAAGUCAAAAUUCAAGGUAUGGUGUUAUAUUGUUCACCUAUAUGACAUUGAUGCAUAUAGGGUACAUGUUCUGGAAAUGUUUAAUGUCUUUUAUGUGACUGAAAGCAUAUGCGAUAUAUCUUACCACUUAUCACGGAUAACACAUAUUUAUGUUAAAAAUGAUGAUGUUUUUCAUUUAUAAGAAGAUCUCUGCCAACAUGUAGCUUAAUCCCUCUAAAAAACUUAGCAGUUAUGUUAUGCAUUAUAGAAAAAGACAAUAUAAAACAAUUUUAUUUUAUUUAUUUAAUAUUUUUUAACCAUGUAGGUGAAGCUGUCCAAGGAACUUUUCAGACAUGACCCAGGCCAGAAAGGCCAGACAAUACAACUAAACAUAUAACAUAAUGAAGAACUAUUUACAUAGAAAUUUAUACAGGCAUAUGCACUAACAAAGAUGUAGCUAUAGCACUGCAUUAAAUUUUCAUUAAGGAACAGAUCAUUUUAAAUUUUUAGGUAGACACAUUUCAUUACUGGCAGAGCAAAUUAGUCUGCAGGUCCAUUGUGGUAGCAGAGUUGCAGAGCUUAAGAAUCGACACUCAUCAGGUAAUGACUCAGUUUUGUGGAAUAUCCACACCUAUCCUUCUGUAACAGAUGUGGAAAGUAUACGUAUUUCAAAGAAAGAUUUACUUUAUUAAUUCUACAGAUAUCUUGGUAUCCUCCUUGUUCUAAAUCAAUUUCAGUAUGCUUUUCUUCGCAUGUCAUCUGACUAAAAUAAAACUGUUUGUGAAGCACACAAACUGAAUCUUGGGCACAGGGAGGGAUGGCUUGCAUCACAGCAUACAUAUUUUUAUUAAUUGUAAUGCAUAUACAGAUCAAAUGCACAGUUCUGACCUAACCUGUCAUCUAUGGCUUAGCUUUAAAAUGCAUCGGGUCACGGAACAUCAUUUUUUUAACCAUUUUUUUCUUUCCAUAACUUAAGAUUCAUAGGCAUGCUGUUUUUAAGACCACUGUCCUAUAAUGUAACUUGCCAUGUCAUGUUCAUUAAGGUGCAACAUAAUCAGAAUGGUUAUAUUUUUUGUGGGAGCUGCAUCCUUUAGUAUUAAGUGAGGGGACAUUCAGAACUAUAAUUUUACAGCAACUGUUGACAAAUCUCAUAUUCUAUACGGUUUAACAUCUGGCAAUCUAAAAACAGUUAAAUCUGAUGAUUUCUUUUAUGUCAAAUUUUAUGAGAUGUAAUACUUUAUAAGUUAAGCCUUUUAAAAGAAUGAGGUGUCUCAGACUUUUUUCAUUAUUUAUUGGGAGUAUUAUAGUUAAACCAGUCUCAAAAGGCUAAUUGAAAAACUGAGAACUAUCUAGUUGAGAACAUUACAUUUAAAACUAUCUGAUCUUUUCCAUUUAUUAAUUUAUUCAUCUGCAAUUAUUCUGGUGAGAAAGUGCAAACAAUACAACUGUGCCACAUCUCAGAUGUAUGGAUAAACAUAUUUUAGGAAAUGACCAUGUGCUUACAACACUGCAAUCUGGGAAAUGGCAAUGCUGACAUAAGAUUGCUGGAAGAUUUUAACCAUUUAAUUUUAUCUACUUUAGAUAACUAUUUAGCAGCUAGGUGUAGUUUAAGAGUUUUCGUUUCCUUUUAUCUUAGACUGCACUUUAAAUCCACCUGAUUGUUUUCUUCUUUUAAUAAAGCUACCUACAUAAAUAUUCUGUUUAACAAUUCUCCAACUCUUGUUGAAGUUUUCUACUGUUCUAAAGAUUACUUAUUUUCAUUUGCAUCCCAAAGAACUGUUGUAGGUCAGUUGGCAUUCCUUCAGUUUGCCCAUAGUUGUAUAUGUUAUGUAUGAGAGAAUGACCACAUACAACAUGUAGUUGCCUAAUUCAAUUAUAUGGAUUACUGGAGAUGAAUUAAUGAAUGAAUGACCACACAAUUUAAAAGGCACUUUAGUAUUAGAAAGUAAUCAUAGCAAUACCACUUAUCACAUGAAAUAAUAAAUGAAUGAAAUGGCUUUUUAACAUAUCACAAAACUGCAGGCAAACCCAUAGGCCAAUGAACAUUAAACCAAAAGGAGAUUAUUUUAUUGUUGCUAUUUUAUCAGAACUAUCAGAUGUAUUCCAUUGCUGAGAAGAUAUGAUGGCUCUGGUUACCUUUGUUGUUGCACAAGAACAUGUUGGGGAAAUGAUGGCAGAGCCAUAGAUCAAAGUUCUCUAUUUACCUUUCCACAUCACAUAAAUAAAAGGAUGAGUCUGCAAAUAGUGUAACUGAGGCUCAUUCAUAAAGUUUAUGGGUUUACUCACCAUGACAACUUAAUGAAUUUCUUAGUUCUUAAAUUUCUUGCAUAUAUCUUGAUAUUUUCAACCAUCAAAAAUAUAAUAAAUCCAGGCUCAGAGGGGCAAAAUAAGGUGAUUUGUAAUACUGUUUAAAAAUGUACUAGUCACAUCCAACUGGGAGGAAUGUCUGAUGUAGUAUACAUGUGAAGUUUACCACUGCUUGCUUUUGGGGAUGGAUUUUAGUAGCCGUCUAUAUACUGAGUGUGUUUGUUUUAAUACUCUGUUCCAUAAUACUGUGCCAGCAGGAUUACUAAUCUUCCUUUUGGUUUUAGAAACCCCUGGGAAGAGGCUAUGGGGCAGAUCCAGAACAUGAUGCAAGGAUUAUAUCUCUCAACUUGACUUGAAAAACCUGGGUGUUUGACAGGCUGAACAGAGAGAAACCUGGCUUUAUUUUGCAUAAAACAUUAUUUAAAACAUGUGCCUAAUUACAUAAUGUCACUGAUUUUCAUGGUACAUAAUGGAAUUAUUAUAUUUUUCACAUUUAUUAAUGAAUUCUUCUCUCUGCUUUUGGUCUCCACAAGGAUACUUACUAUACGUUUUGUAGUACAGAACUAUAGCUACACACUCAUGUUUGUAAAGUUUAUUAAAAGUCAUGACACUCUCCAGGUUUAUAAGAACUGAAACACUAAGACAACAUGCUUAUAAAGUAAAAGUUAAAAACAUCUGCCUCUUUUAAUUCAUGUGAAUUUCACUGUUUUAUUCAGCUUUGAUGUAUGGUGACCUUUGAAGCUGAACCAUGAGAUCUAGAAAAAAUGUGAAGAUUGUCUAAAAACUAAUGUUACUUGUCACCAAAUAGAAGACUCAUGACAGAAAUAAUGUUUUCUUUCGUUUUUAUUUUUCAAGGCUAUUUCUUAGAAAGAAGGCAUGCUUCAUAGGAAAUGGUAAAGGAAUUAUAUAAGUAUGAGAUCCUUUUUUAAUGCAAUAACGAUUAAAGGUAUAGGUAUGCUAGAAGUCAUGUCAUGUUCUGAAUAUAAUUUCAUUCCAGUGAUGUGCAAUAUUAACAGAACAUGAGUAAUUUAUAUGUAAAAUUGUUUCUAGCCUUUUUAAAAAUAUACAUAUAUGUAUGAGUGUGUGUGUGUGUUUAUGGAUGGCAGAAUUAAAAUCUCAAGUGUGUGUAAUGUCAGCAGCUGUCUGGUUGACUGCAUGUGGUUAAGGAACUGACUAUCCCUGGGAAGGGAAAUAUUCCCUUUCCCUAGGGAUUGUGUGAUCCUGGAGUUAGUAUAUAUAAUUAACAGGGAAUAUGGGGUAUGUGGCAUGUAGCCCUCUACUUAGGGGUUAUGGGUGGGGUUUGCCCCCAUAAAAAAGCAAUGUUUUCAAACAUUUGAAAUUCAUGAGCUGAGGCUGUUUUACUUCUGUAUUUUCAACUGUAUGUGGUUGAUAUUUAGGCAGUCGACUUUGGGUGUUUUCGUUAAUAUGAACUACAUAUAUAUGUGUGUGUGUGUGUGUAUGUAUAUAUAUAUAUAUAUAUAUAUAUAUAUAUCCAUAUCAGAUCCAUGAAACCACACUUCCCCGAUGACCAAAUCAUCGAGAUUACAUCCCCAACACCACACAUCCCCGACAAUUGUAAGUAUAAGUAUUACGGAAUGGAAUGUAUUACUGUUUCAGCAAUAUAACUAAAAAACAAAAAGUAACAUGUAUAGCAGGGGGGCAAGCCCCCCCCUGCACCCCUCCACACCCCCCUUACUUAAAUAUACCAACUCCAAGAUCAUACCUCAUUCCAGAAAUGGGAAUACAUCCCAUUCCCCACAACUCAACAUUGUCAGUGAUCUCCCACUGAGAUGUGGUCUUGGUGAUCUGGUCAUCAGGGAAGUGUGGUUUCGUGAAUCUGACAG